UACUUCGUUCCGAGGCACUUCAUGUUCCCCCGCUCUCCAGGUUAUUUAUGCUGCAUUUGAAAUCUCACUGACUUUCAUCUCAAGUGCGUUCGUUUUUAUAUAUUAAGAUAUUUUAUUUAUUUACAUUUCAAUAUGAAUAUGAAUUAACUUUGGUGACAUUUUCAAGACAUUAUAUAUUAUCUCGAUAUAUUUUGUUGUAAUAUAUAGUAUAAAAUCAAGUACAGUUGUUUUUCUUGGAUAUGACUAUUCUCUCAGGCCUACUUGUCCGUUUAUAAAUUAUGCGUAAUAUUUGGUAACGCCUUUUUCACUUCCCCUACUCAUUGUUAUUUGAUAGUGAGUGUUUGUGUGAAGAACAAUAAACGUCAUGUUGCUAUGCCAGUGAGAAAAGGAAACGUCGGCCAGUGACCGCGGUCAAGUGCAACAACAACAAAAAAUGUCCUGACACCUGUUAUAGAAGUAAUACAUUUGAGUGAAUGAAAAGGCAUAGACCUAAGUAAAAUAAGAAAUUCGUUUGUUGGGACUUGAUUGAGGCAGAAGAAUAGCCGAUUUACUUAUGGCAAGUCCGGAGAGAAAUAAGAAGAUUUUGCUUGAUAUGGUGAAACAGCCCAGCAACGACCAUUGUGCCGACUGUGGGGCCCCUGAGCCAGACUGGGCCUCAUACAAACUUGGUGUGUUUGUAUGUGUGAACUGUUCUGGGACACAUCGGGACUUUCCUGCCAUCAGCCAGAUAAAGUCCUUACGCUUGGAUUUCUGGGAUGAUUCCCUAGUAGAGUUUAUGAAGACAAGGGGUAACGCAGUAGUCAAUGCGUUCUAUGAGAAGUGUGUUCCGCCCUUCUACUACCGGCCACAGGAGAAGGACUGUGUUGUUCUUAAAGAUCAGUGGAUACGUGCUAAGUAUGAGAGGAGAGAAUUCACAGGAGAGAAUAACUCCCUUCAACAAGGUUAUAGUUCAGGACUUUACGAAGGAAUACUAUGGAAGAAAGGCAAGGACAACAAGCAGUUCCUGAAAAGGAGAUUCCUGCUCUCUGAAACUGACUUUACCUUGAGAUACUUCACCAACGAGGAUUCCAAGAAGCCCAAAGCAGUCAUCUCUAUGAAGGACCUCAAUGCCGUGUUCCAGCCGGAAAAGAUAGGCCAUGCCCACGGGCUUCAAAUCUCCUACCUGGAGGAAGAACGGACCAGAAACCUGUUUGUUUACCAUGACAACAGCCAGGAAAUUGUGUCCUGUUUCAAUGCGAUUCGGGCCACCCGGUUUGCUUACCUCAAGAAAGUCGACCCAAAUGCCAGGGAGUGUGACCUCGUACCUUUGAUAACCAGAAGUAGCAUUAAAGAAGGCUACAUGGAGAAAACCGGCCCAACGCAAUGGGAGACAUUCAAGAAGAGAUGGUUCGUCUUAAACUUAACAGACAGAAAGAUGUCCUACUUCAAAACUUCACUGGAUGCUUUGGAACUAGGAGCUGUCUUCAUCGGCACAGAGGUCCAUGGCUACUCUGUGAGGGAGGUCCAGCCUAAGGGGAACCGCAGUGGCAGGUGGAGGUUCGGAGUCACCUUGGAGACGCCAGACAGGCAGUUUGUCUUCCUGUGUGACCAGGAGCAGGACCAGAGGGAGUGGAUAGAAGCCUUCAAACUAGUAAUCUCCCAGCCUAUGCUACCGCAGCACUACAACACUGAGGCAAACAUGAGAAGGAUGACAAAAUGAAUGGUGUAUAAACCGGAGGAAAGGAAAGCCGCAUUUACAGGAAGAAAUGGCAAUGUGUGAGUCUGGCUGCCUGUUUCAGAGAGCCUACCAGUGACAGGUGGAGGCUUCUCACAAGAGGGGAUCAGUGAACUCUUCAAUGGAGUCAUGUUUAUUGGAAAAUGAUGAGAGGCUAAAUGAACUCAGGCUAAAGAGGCUAAAUGAACUGAAGAGCUGCCAAUGUGGAUCAGCACUGCUAAUCAUUGCAAGUCACCAUUGUCCAGGGCACCUUGCAAACCGGUGACAGGACUCACUAUUAUGAGAUGGGAACUGAUGUCAUUGUCGGGGACAUUGGGAAUGUAAUAUAUACUUUCUAUAUACACUCAUAUACACUGAGCGUAUAAAACAUUAAGGACAUCUGUUCUUUCCAUGACAGACUGACCAGGUGAAGGCUAUGAUCCCUUAUUGAUGUCACUUGUUAAAUCCACUUCAAUCAGUGUCUAUGACGGGGAGGAGGUUAAAUUAAGGAUUUGUAAGCCUUGAGACAAUGGAGACAUGGAUUGUGUAUGUGUGCCAUUCAGAGGGUGAAUGGGCAAGACAAAAUAUUGAAGUGCCUUUGAACAGGAUAUGUUAGAAGGUGCCAGGCACACUAGUUUGUGUCAAGAACUGCAACGCUGCUGGGUUUUUCAUGCUCAGUAGUCACGUGUGUAUCAAGAAUGGUCCACCACCCAAAAGGACAUCCAGCCAACUUGACACAACUGUGGGAAGCAUUGGAGUCAACAUGGGCCAUGUUGGGCCUGCAUCCCUGACACCUUGUAGAGGCCAUGACAUGUGACAGACCGUUCUCAAAAUAGGUUCUGGGCAUACUGCCAAAUUGCAGCUACUGAUGGUGAGGAUUCGUUCAGUAAGCCACUUGCAUGUGUGACAGGUUAAAGGAAAUAGUCAUAGCCUGUUAUACAUUUAAAAAGUAUUAGUAAGUUCAUAGUAUGUGAGGAUCUUAAAACAUCUAAGGUUAAAAAGAUGCAUUCAGUAUCAGUUGAUAAAGAUUGAUAACAUUCAUAUAAUUGUGUUAAAGUUCAAAUCUGUCAAAUGGUACGAAUUGUGAGAGUAAUGUGUAAAUGUUAUAUUGAUUACUUGAUUUUGUAGUGCCUAAAAGUGUUAAUCUGUGAUCUACGAAAUGCUCUUAAUCUAUGAGCCGGAGAUCGAUUGCUCUGGUCUCCACCCAUAUUCCUGGGGAAAAUCGCGGUCUUUUUCUCAUUCAACUAAACGUUAAAUUGAGAAUACAACACCGUAUCACUCUCGUGAUUAUUUCUCCCCUGUUUUCAGGUACUUUAUUGAUGAUAAAAAUAGUAAUUACAUGUUAUAACUCACUAACAUGUCAAGAAUGUUUAAGGUGUGUCUUAGUAACGUUUUGAGGAAGUUAGAGUUAAGUUUGAAGAGAGUAAUAUUAGCCCUGCUCGGUUGAAGUGAAGAAUAGCAUCGUACUGAGAGUAGCUGCCAUUUUAUGUCGAUUGUGAAUGAACAUGUACGUUGUUAAUAAGAUAUUUUGCUGUGUUAUUUGUAUAAUGGUUUUUCUGUUGUUUUGUAAUGUGUUACUUUUGUGAAAUCAUUCAACUAAACGUUAAAUUGAGAAUACAACACCGUAUCACUCUCGUGAUUAUUUCUCCCCUGUUUUCAGGGGCGUAACAUUUUUGGAGGCUCCGCUGAGAUUGCUGCUCAGAUGUCCAGUUUCCACACCCUGAGCCAGCUAAAUCUCCACAUAACAACUCAGGCAGGCUGCAGUGAGGAAAGUGUUGCUGUUCGAGGGAAGUUGGAAGUUAGUGGUUAAGUACGUGUCAACUGAGGCCAUUGAUCGACCAUCAGAGACAGUAAGGACCAUCUAAUUCAGAGUCAACUCCUGCACAGUAAAAGUUCCUCCUGUUCUGUCAACAUGACAAGCACCUUGGAAGAACUACAGGAAGAGGUAGUAGGAGAAUUGCACACCCUGACUAAAGACAAAUUACUAGAGAUAUGUGAUUUCCUUGAAAUAUCAGGCGAACAGAGAAGAGAUGUUAAAGACAAAUCCCGCAUAGCAUUAAUGACUCGCAUUAUGUUGUUCCUUGAAAGAGAGGAAGUUGCAGAGUUAGAAGAUGGCGGCAUGUCGGAAUUGUUGCUACUUAGAGACGAAAUGACAGAGAUGAUCAGUGGCAUAGAUAACAAAACAGGGCAAAUUGACCAUGAUAUUGAACCAGCCGGAACACAUCACAGAAUAGAGGAAUUGAGAACUGUAACUCCACAACAAGGGGUGGGAACUGAGCAGAUUAUUGCAGCCAAAGCCAGUGAUUCUCUGCGUCAGCCCCAACAACAUGCCAAUCUUCAGGGGAGCGUGCCGCUCUCACCCAAUGCACAGCCCAGCUCAUACUGGCGCAAAGAGUUUAAAAUUUCUGGUCAGAUAGGUGAACCGGGCCAGAAAGAAAAACUGAUUUUUUCCAGCCUUGUCCAUCAGAUUGAAAAUGGAGGAUAGAGGAUAUCCUGAGGUAGAAAUAGUAGACGCAGUAGUCAGGGCUAUUUCUCCAGGCUCACAGCUACGCAGCUACUUGGAAGGUAAACCCCAGCUAACUCUUCCCACACUUAGAUGUAUCCUGCGUUCCCACUUCCAAGAGAAGAGUGCAACAGAGCUUUACAAACAGCUAGCUUCAGAAGCACAGCAUAGCAAGGAGACCCCUCAAAGUUUCCUGAUGCGCGUUUUAGAUUUGAGGCAAAAAGUACUGUUUGCAUCCCAGGAGUCAGAAUCAGGGCUUAAGUAUGACCCUGCUCUAGUCCAGAGCAUGUGUUUUCACACAGUCCUUACGGGUCUCCAGAGUGACAGUAUCAGGAUUGACAUGCAGCCUCUCCUGCUAGAGAGCAAAACAUCAGAUGAGGUUUUGCUAGAGAAGCUUAACAUUGCGUGUGCUAAUGAGAGAGAAAGACGAAACAAAAAGCGGUUUAAUGCCCCACAGCCUGCUACAACUGUAAGUGUAGUCCAGUUAGAAGAUACGCCAUCUGCAAAGAGUCCUGUGAAGGAAGCCAAAACUACGAUACCCGCAGGACUGUUAACAGAGUUAGCUGAACUUAAGACAGGUGUAGCUUCUCUAAAAGGUCUCAGUGCAGAGAUUGCUCAGAUUAAAGAGACAUUACAGCAGCCUAUGUUUCAGUCACCGCCUUGUGCCUAUGCCCCACCCCCAGUUAGGAGGCCAAAUAGGGACCCCCAGCCACCUGUUUCCCAGCAGCAGUAUUACAGCAACUACAGUCGGUCCCAAGCACCUGACCCUGCGCAGCAUCAAUAUGCACCUAACCGGUAUACCAACCACUCUGCUCAAGCUCCAAGGAGGUGUUUUGUCUGCCAGCAGGCCAGAACAGAUGCACGCUGCACACACUGCUUCCGAUGUGGGAGUGGAGAACAUUUUCAAGCUGGAUGUAAAAUCCGGGGAGCCAGACCAUCAAGGGAGGCCCCUUUAAACGGAAACGGGUUACCGCUGAGGGACGAGUGUUAACCGUAGCUACCAAAAAGUCCCAGGAAUGUGCAAAUUGUGCCAGAGAAGAUUCAUUUGAGAACCUGAAACAAUGUUCAUCAUGUAAAGAGACACUGUACUGUUCCAAAGUAUGUCAAAACCAAUAUUGGACUAAACAUAAGGAAAAAUGCACUCAACUGAAAAUUGACUCUAAUAGUGAAAGGUUUUCCUGUACAGAGGAAAAUGCCCACUCCUUACCAUCCCUAGCUCAAGGUUGCCACCCCCGUAAGGUCACCUCGCUAGUAGGCAGACAGUGCCUUAUUGAGUGUCACCUGAAUCGCCACCACCUCCAAGCUCUAUGGGACACAGGCUCUCAGGUAUCGGUCAUUGAUGAAAGAGGAAUCUCUCCCAAACGCAAGGCUGAGAGAUGUUUCAGAAAUUCUGGACUCACCUGAUGAUCUAAGGUUGACUGCAGCAAAUGGGACUGAAAUGCCGUACCUGGGAUGGAUUGAAACAACUUUUCGGCUAGCCUCUGAAACUGACCAAACAAAGGAACUGAUCAUCCCGGUGCUGGUAAUGAAAGGCUGUCACCUAUCACAUCCCAUCAUAGGUUUCAAUGUUAUCGAGCACAUCCUGACAAUGACCGAAAAGACUAAACGAUACAGUACAGUAAAAACAGCUUUCCCAAGCCUCAAUAGAAACAAGGUGAGAGCUUUUAUACAGGCUGUUAGCGCAGAACAGACAGAUGAAUACGCAGUGAAAACCAAGAAAGAGAAGGUUGCUGUACCAAAACACAGUAGCAUUCAGAUUGAGUGCCGUGUAGCUUCCCAGCCUUUCAAAGAUGACAUGACAAUGCUUUUCCAGCCAGACCUGAACCCGCAGUGGCCAGACGACCUUGAGUUCUUUGACACACUAGUCAGAGUCAGGAAAGGUGUUUUUCCAGUUAUCCUGCUUGAUGUCUCUAACCCCACUGACCACGACAUUGCCCUGCUAGGACGCACAAUAAUCGGUACAGUACAAACCAUUAUGACUGUGUUACCUGCCCAAGUCUUUGAAAAAACUGUCACCCCAGCCACAGUGAAUCACACCAGCGUUCGAACCCCAUGUACUGCUACUGAACAGUGGGAUCCACCAGUAGAUUUAACUCACCUAACCGAAGAACAGAGAGAGGUUGUUAGGCAAAUGCUUAGAGAAGAGUGUCACUCCUUCUCCAGAUCAGACAAUGACAUUGGCUGCAUUGAACGAUUGAAAAUGACUAUUUCUCUAAAGGACUCUGAACCAGUAAAGCGCACAUACAUGUCAGUGCCCAGGCCACUGUAUCAGGAGAUGAAGGGUUACAUUUAUGACCUCAUAGUCCAGGGCUGGGUUAGGAAGUCAAACUCUUCAUAUUCUUCAACUGUCGUGUGCGUUCGUAAGAAGGACGGGACCCUCCGGUUGUGUAUAGAUUACAGAGACCUGAACAGAAAGACACAUCCCGACUGCCAGCCCAUCCCUCGGGUCCAAGACAUCAUGGACAGUUUAGGUGGUAAUUCCUGGUUCUCCCUCUUAGAUCAGGGGAAAGCGUAUCACCAGGGGUUCAUCUCUGAAGAGAGCAGACCACUGACAGCAUUUGUGACCCCAUGGGGACUCUAUGAGUGGAUACGUAUGCCAUUCGGCCUCAUGAACGCUCCUGCAGCUUUUCAGCGGUGUAUGGAGGAGUGUUUGGAAGGGCUCCGGGAUAACAUCUGCAUUCCUUAUCUGGACGACACGCUAGUUUUCAGUAAAACAUUCGACAGCCAUGUGAAUGAUGUGCGAAAAGUUUUGCAGCGUCUCAGAGAGUAUGGCAUUAAACUCAAGCCAAGUAAGUGUGAUCUCUUUAAACCCCAGGUCCGUUAUUUGGGCAGAAUAGUGUCUGCAGAGGGCAGCCGAGUUGACCCAGCCGAUUUUGAAGCAGUAAGAGCAUUGAAAGAAAUCAGACCAGAGACUGUGGGCCAGCUCAGAAAAAUGCUUGGUUUACUCACUUACUACAGACAGUACAUCAAAGACUUUUCUAGGAGUGCCUGCUGCCUGUAUGACCUCCUGAAAGCAGAUUCAGAGAAAUUACCUGACCACCCAUGGAAAACAAAAACAAAGAAAGUAAGUCAUGUGGUGCCCUCAAACAAGCCAAUCCUGUGGACUGACCAGCAUCAACAGGCACUUGAACAGCUGAUUGAGUAUUUGCUUCACCCACCAGUUUUAGGUUUCCCUGAUUUCACUCAGCCAUUUGUUGUACACACUGAUGCGUCACACCAAGGCUUGGGAGCAGUUCUUUAUCAAAAGCAAGAGGGGAAGCUUAGGGUCAUUGCUUAUGGCUCUCGAACCUUAACAGCAGCUGAGAAGAACUAUCACUACCACUCGAGCAAGCUAGAAUUUCUAGCUCUAAAAUGGGCAAUCACUGAUAAGUUCCAUGACUAUUUGUACUAUGCUCCGACCUUCACUGUAUACAGCGAUAACAACCCGCUCUGCUACAUUCUGUCUACUGCAAAACUGAACGCAACCACUUCCAGGUGGGUUGCAGACUUGGCUGAUUUCCACUUUACAAUAAAGUACAGGCCAGGCAGAGAGAACGGUGAUGCAGAUGCUUUGUCAAGGAUGCCACUGGAUGUAGAGUCACUGAUGAGAGAAUGUUCUGAGGAGCUUCCACCAGACACCAUCUCCGCCACGAUACAAGCAGUUGAGGUACAGAAAGAGGCUGUUGUACCUUGGUCAUUUUCAGCUGCAUCUAUGGCAGUAUCAGCUGAAGGUGAGACAACCACUGCAACAACCAGCUCGAUCCCAAAAGAUGGGAUAAGAGAAGCACAAGAAUCUGAUCCGGUCAUCCGUCCUGUGCUCAAUUUCAAACUGUCUGGUUCCAAACCGCCAGUUAAAGAGCAAAAGAAAUUCAGUCCAAAGACAAAAUGCCUAUUCAGAGAAUGGGACAAAUU